ACAACAUGCAGCAGGGAGCGGCUAAGAUCAUUGUUGCAUGUAGCAGGGUGUGAUUGUGUGUGUGUCACUGUGAGUGCCAGGGUCGGGCACUGCACAUGGGUGUGCACAACAAUGCCGUCACACAGGAUUUUCUGAGUAGGAGACAAGUAUCAGAGAGCGUGAGAAAAACACCGAGGGAUGGCGAUAUCUGCAGAGAAGCAUAUCUGAGAGAAAUUCACAGACAGAGACCUGAAGCUAAAGAAGAACAGUGGAAGAGAGAGAGCGUUGUGUUUCCUAAACAACUUAUAUGUUCCAGCUUGUUCAUUUGACUGUCUCGCAGGUCCAAUCUCUCAGCAUCUAGCAUCUGUCUCAGCAGCAGUGACUGUCUCUCAGGGUUUAACAUCUGUCUCAGGAGCAGUGACUGUCUCUCAGGGUCUCACAUCUGUCUCAGGAGCAGUGACUGUCUCUCAGGGUCUCACAUCUGUCUCAGGAGCAGUGACUGUCUCUCAGGGUCUCACAUCUGUCUCAGGAGCAGUGACUGUCUCUCAGGGUCCAACAUCUGUCUCAGGAGCAGUGACUGUCUCUCAGGGUCUCACAUCUGUCUCAGGAGCAGUGACUGUCUCUCAGGGUCUCACAUCUGUCUCAGGAGCAGUGACUGUCUCUCAGGGUCCAACAUCUGUCUCAGGAGCAGUGACUGUCUCUCAGGGUCCAACAUCUGUCUCAGGAGCAGUGACUGUCUCUCAGGGUCUCACAUCUGUCUCAGGAGCAGUGACUGUCUCUCAGGGUCUCACAUCUGUCUCAGGAGCAGUGACUGUCUCUCAGGGUCUCACAUCUGUCUCAGGAGCAGUGACUGUCUCUCAGGGUCUCACAUCUGUCUCAGGAGCAGUGACUGUCUCUCAGGGUCUCACAUCUGUCUCAGGAGCAGUGACUGUCUCUCAGGGUCUCACAUCUGUCUCAGGAGCAGUGACUGUCUCUCAGGGUAUCACAUCUGUCUCAGGAGCAGAGACUGUCUCUCAGGGUCCAACAUCUGUCUCAGGAGCAGAGACUGUCUCUCAGGGUCCAACAUCUGUCUCAGGAGCAGUGACUGUCUCUCAGGGUCUCACAUCUGUCUCAGGAGCAGUGACUGUCUCUCAGGGUCUCACAUCUGUCUCAGGAGCAGUGACUGUCUCUCAGGGUCUCACAUCUGUCUCAGGAGCAGUGACUGUCUCUCAGGGUCUCACAUCUGUCUCAGGAGCAGUGACUGUCUCUCAGGGUCUCACAUCUGUCUCAGGAGCAGUGACUGUCUCUCAGGGUCUCACAUCUGUCUCAGGAGCAGUGACUCUCUCUAUUCUAUAUUUGACAUCCAGGUUGUCACAUUUGCCUCUCAGCCUGUGCUUGGCUGCACUAUUUGUGUGUGUCUGUCAUUAUGGGUGGAAACAAUGUGAAGAAUGUGUCAGACACUCAAACAGAGUCACACAUGGACCCUCCCUCACCUGCUUUGUACAAGACACACUCUUCUCCUGUAUCUUCCCCCACAAGGGACACCUUUCAUACCCCUUUGGGAAGCCCUGAAUCAGGACUUACUCUAGGAGACCCAGGAAUUUAUCACAAGCAGUUGAGGAACGAUGGAGGAUGGCAUGCCCCAUUUGGCCGGGCCAUAACACGGAUCCAUAGGGCAUCCGAUUCUCUUGGUGAUAUGCACAUCCAGCUAGUGGCUCUACUAAGUCCAGGAGCCAACACAGAGAGUCCUCGGAUACUGGACUCUGCUAUGGGGUGGGGGGCCCGUCUGGGAGAAGUGAGAAGUGACCUGAAAGCUGGCCUGAGAGAGCUUGCAAACCUUAAAGCACAAUAUGUAGCAGUCAGCUCAGGUGAAGUUAAAAAAGCGGCAACUGAGUCCAGCCAUGGGGAGGAAAACAAGAGGGACAGUUCCAGUCAUAAUCAGGUAGAGAGAGAGCGACAGGAAUGGCAGAGAGAGCGAGAGCAUCUGAAAACAGAACUACAAAAGCGAGAUGACAUCAUACGAGUGUACUCUGAGCGUGUGAGAGAGCUGGAAUCCAGGAGACCUCUAGAGGAAGAGACACUGAAAGAGUUCAUUAAUCAACUGGAGGCAGAAAAAGAAAAAUAUAAAGAAACAAUUAAAGAGCUUCAGGGGGAAGUGAAGGAACUAGGCCUCCUGCAGGCAGAUCUCCGUACGGCUGUGUCGGUAGCUGAGAGAUUUCGGGCAGAGGCUCAGGAGAAACUGGAAGCUGUUGAGAAAGAGAACCGGAAACUGAAAGGAUCAGACCAAGUGGACUGGAGAACGUCUAGUACCCUGAAUGGCAACUCCCAGGGAUAUCACAGUCUGCCCCGCGGGGUUAUUCUCUCCUCACGGAGGGACAACAUUGUGAAGUCCAGUAGCCUGAUGAGUGUACCCCCAACACAAGGAUUCUCUCAGCAACCAGAUGUGGGAUCAGCACGGAGAGAGAGGAGAGGAAGCCUGGAAACAUUAUUAAAUGAACCCAAAGCCACUGAGAAUCUUACGGAGGAUUCAGGGUCAUUCUUUCGCCGUUACGGUGGCUCUAAGAGAGGAGUGUUUCUGCGAUGGGCUCAGGACAGAACCUGUGGUUACAAGCACGUGGUGAUCACUAACUUCAGCACCUCCUGGGCAGAUGGAAUGGCAUUAUGUGCCCUACUGCAUUCCUACCUGCCUGACAGCAUCCCUUAUGCCCAGCUCCGCCCACUGGAAAAGAGGAAGAAUCUGCAGUUGGCAUUCCAGGUCGCUGAGCUUGCAGGCAUCCCGCAACUUUUGACACCAGAUCAUAUGCUCCAGACACAAGGUCCAGAUUGGCAGAAAGUUCUCCUUUACGUGGAAUCCAUCUACCAGAAAUUUGAGGCAUGAACAGAUCCUGCUACUUGCUGAUGUCAUGGAGAUCCUGGCAGCUAGUUGACUGAACUUGUUAAGUUCUGAUUGACUGGCAGUUUAUAGAUUUUGAUCCUUCUGGGAUCUUGUGAUUAGCUGAACUUGUGCAGCUGCUGUGUUCCUCCCACAUAAGGGGUCUUAUCUUGAGACUGAAUUCAUCCUCUGAUGUUCCCUGCCACCUUUUAUUUAUUUAUGAACUAUAAGGGGUAGAAUCUGAUUACCUGUAUAAAUAACAAGGGCCCACACAGUAUUGGGCCUGGAAUCCUGGAGCAUUCCACAGUUUUUUUUACCUACCGCAGAUUUCAUGUUAACUUGUAAUAAAGCUUAUUUGAUACUUAGUGUUUUUGAAAAACCAA